AUGCGCUUCAGCUCGCGGCGCCCGCGCACAUUUAAGGCAGGGGGCGGGCCCGGUGCGCGGAGCGACGGCCGCGACGGCCAACGGGCGCUGGAGGGCGGGACGGGCCACCCCCGGGGCGCGGCGCGCUGGGCCCGCCUUCUUCGAAGCGCUCGGCUUUCCGAGAAAUCACUUUGCGCGGAGGCGUCGGCGGCCCGUGGUCCCGGCGUCUUCCGGGGUUCGCUCCGGGGGUCCCGGGAGUGUCCGCAGGAAUUCCCGAGGGCCACGGGGGCGUCCGACGGCCCAGGUCAAGCUGACCUAUUACAGCGAGAGGAUGCAGAGCAAGGUCGGCCCCGGGGCCAGGAGGUGGGUGGUGAAGUCCCGGGACCAGCCUCCAGCGUCCUCUCCAGUGGAGUCGCACAGGACGCGCUGAACUCCCCCAGCCGCGAGCCGAGGCGGCGCUGCGCAGUGGUGUCCAGCAGGGACGCCUAA